CCUGAAGGUGUCAGUAGAGGGAGCAGGAGGAGGCGCCGUGCUAACACACAGCGCACGCCCUGCCAACGAGCCAGUCAGUGUUAAAAGGCACAAACAUGUCGGGGAAGAGUUUUCGAGUAAGCGACGGGGACUGGAUUUGUCCUGAUAAAAAGUGUGGAAACGUGAACUUUGCUAGAAGAACCAGUUGUAACAGAUGUGGCCGGGAGAAAACCACAGAGGCAAAGAUGAUGAAAGCUGGAGGAACAGAGAUAGGGAAAACUCUGGCUGAGAAGAGUAGAGGCCUCUUCAGUGCAAAUGAUUGGCAAUGCAAAACAUGCGGCAAUGUCAAUUGGGCUAGAAGGUCGGAGUGCAACAUGUGUAACACACCAAAAUAUGCCAAACUUGAAGAGAGAACAGGUUAUGGUGGAGGUUUCAAUGAAAGGGAGAAUGUGGAAUACAUUGAACGAGAGGAAUCUGAUGGUGAAUAUGAUGAAUUUGGUAGGAAAAAGAAAAAGUUCCGUGGACCUGGCUCAAAAGAAAGUGAAAAGAAAGAAGUACCAACAAAAGUUGUAGCUGCUGAGGAGGAGGAUGAGGAAGAGGAAGAGGAAGAGGGUGACCUUUCCAAAUACAAAUUGGAUGAUGAUGAAGAGGAAGAUGACGAUGGAGACCUCUCAAAGUACGACUUGGACGCCAGUGAAGACGAGGACAAGGCAGCUAAGAAAAAGGGCAGCCAUUCGGGUUCGUCCCGUUCCGGCUCAUCCUCGCGCUCCUCCAGCUCCAGUUCACGGUCGAGGUCCAGGUCCCGCUCUAGAAGCUCAUCAAGUUCCAGGUCUGGAUCUCGCUCGAGGUCUCACUCCAGAUCCAGUUCCAGGUCGGGAAAGGGCUCCUCUCCCCGGAAGAGGUCCCGCUCCUCCUCACCUGAGAGGGGACAGAAGCGCAGUCGCUCCAGGUCCUCAUCUGGAGAGAGAAAACGGAAGCGUUCUAGAUCACGUUCGUCCGAAAGGUGCCACGGCCAGUCCUCUGGAUCCUCCCAUUCUGGCUCCAGUUCAAAAAAGAAAUAACUUUAUUACAGCCUUAAAAACAAGAAAAGGAAACUUAGUAGAAAAGUGCAUGUUGUGUUGGAAGGAAAACAACCACAUCAUUUCAGUAUGCUGUCCAUUUUCAUAGAAAAGCCUAAUUUUCCUCAAAGACAGCGGCAACAUGACUUCUCUCUGCCAUUACCCAUCAUUACAAGCUCCCUUUUUAAAACCACAUACACCCCAAUCUGUGACAAGUGUCUGUAACUGCAGGAGUCCAAUAAACAAAUGUUUAGUCCCAUAAGAAAAUCCGAUAUACUGUAAAGAGGCUGUAUGCCAUUUUAAACCCAAAUUUAAGUGGCAGUAUAUUUUAUUGUACUCGUCUGUGGGGAAAUUGAAGUAAAUAUUUUGGUUACUUUUUUUUGUGGCCCUAGGAAACAUCUGAGAUUGUGUUACUUUAUUUUUUUAAUAAAUACAUUCUUAAUUUUUAAAUAAAAUGUGAAGUACUUAAGCACCAACUUAGUGUAACAGAUAUAGCAAUGCAUUUUGGCCCCUCUGUUUUAUUUUCUUGAUAAAUAUAUAUUUUGCUUUGUGUCAAGGUAAGUAUUUUACUUUUUGAUAUUGCUUGUUUUAACUAAAUGGCAGUAAAUUCCACAUUCUUUGGUUUAGGCGAUUAGUGUUGUUUUUUUUUCUUUACACAAUUGUCACUUGUUUUACCACUCAGUUAUUCUUCAUCAGUUGUCACUUCGGAAACUAAUGAAUUCAACAAAUAAUUGAUAUUCAUACUCCAGAUUAGUACAGGCAGAAUAACAAACACCAUACAGUAUAUCCCGAUUCAUGGUAGAAUGUGGCAAUACAGUCCUUGUUGGCGAUCAACUCAAAUGUACACGUGUAAAUAAACUCCUGUCGACAUUG